GCAAUAAGGAACAGGAGUGAAUCAGUUGAUUACAUGACAGUUCGUGGUAGUCCUUUUCUUCUUCAUCACCAUCGUCUAAACUGUUCCUAACUAACAAGCACUAACCUCUCUCUGCCUUCUUCUAAAGCUGGAGACGACAGAUGACGUGGCCUUCGGUCAGUGCCCACAAACUAACUUGUACUACAAGUUGUAGUGCCUCGUCGUUUCGUUUGUUUUGCUUGCUGUCAACAGCUUGCACCCACGUAUAUUCUCUGCGAAAUGGAAGAGUAGCUGGCGCAGAGAACGACUAUUAGUAUGUACGAGCUACGCCAACUUUCUGACGUUUGGCCAACCUUGCGAGGCAGCCAGUCGUUGAAGUCACUGCUCCAGGAGCAUUAUGAUGCUCGCAAGAAGGUCAAUCUCAAGGUCUGGGUUCAUCCCGGUCAUGUGAUUGUUGCACAUGGACAGACAGUGCUGUCGUUUGAUGUGCUGCCACGGUCCAAGCACAUCCUGGGAUCGGCUGGCUCUGCUCUCUAUUCACAGGAGCAGAAGGAGCCCGACUGGCUAUGCAUGACGGACUGCUCUGCUCCUCUGGUUCAUGUCUUCUGCCCGGGACAGGACCAUUCCUUGGCUGCUCUGGUGUUCGCUGACGGGAAAAUUGAGUUUUGGAGAUUUCUCCGACCGCAGUACAAAUGGGUGGCAGCCAAUUUCAUCCACCUGAUGACAUCUGAGCUAUUGGUCGGAUAUGAGCGGAUGGAAGUUGCUUCUGUUUCAUGGUUGGAAGAUAGACACAGCCUCGUUGCCUGCUAUUCGACGCCACGCAGUUUUUCUCGUAGAGCAGUUGUCGGUGAGCGGCCAGCAUCGAAUCGGUUCUCUGUCGGUGUGUGGAGGCUGGAUGAUGCGUAUCAGACAGUGGAAUCAUGCCAGGCUGUUUUCACCCAGUGUCCCGUUAUGUCCUUCACCAGUGUCAAGUCGCUCGUAUGCCUACAGCCUAGCCAGCCAACUCUGCCUGGUCUUCUGCUGUUCUGGCUGAGUGAGAAAUCACUUAUUCAGCCGUACUUGUGCGGAUCAGGGCGCAGCCAUGCGGUGCAGGAGAUGGCCUGUCCAGUCAACUUCACCAGCCUGAUAUCAAAGACAGUUGGAUCGUGGCUACAGCUCCACUCAGGGACGGGCGUACUGGCUGCAACUGCUUCUCGCCGCACAGACCAGAUCUUGAUCUUGCAACAUGACGGUCAGAUCGUCUCCAGCCAGCUAAAGAAAGGUCAUGUGCACGUAUCGAAAGCUGCCAGACUCCACCCGUGGUCUGCACUCGAGAACGGCCAUGAGGUGGGGAACGGCGAGGAGAAGCCACGCGCAGACGACGUCGCUUAUCUCCUUGCUCAGCGCAAUUUCCUCAUCCUCUCCCAACCCGACCAGCCAUUAAGAGUGUUUGACGUACGGACGGGCAGUCAGCUCUGGCACACCAUUGAUCUGCAGCUGACUGGCUCAAAGUCGGCCGCCGAGCUGUGGCAAUUUCCCACCGCAGCCUCUACAGUCGGUGCCUGGAAUUGCACUGGGCUAUGGAUGCUUCAGGCCAAGCCAGUUCUGGAUCAAGCGGAAGCAAUCAUGAAGCAUUCGGACGCCACUGAUCUGCCAGAUGAGGGUGCAGUCACACGAUGCUGCCGUGCCGCUCAGCUAUGCAUGGACUGGAAUCAGUCUGCUGCUGCCGUACGCUUCUCACUACAAGGCGCUUCUCAGCUCAGCAAGGUACCAGACAAGGAUGGUGAAAUUCAACAAGAAGUUCCAGAAGAGUUGAUCAAGCUAUUGAAUGUGGAUGGCCUUGAGAGCCCAGCACUGUUAUUGCCAGCAUUGGUGAAGUUCCCUAGCCAGCGACAACGCUUGGUGAGCAUUAUCGCAUCGUACUUGAAGCGCUACAAGACCAGUUCUCCGGACACUGCAAGUCGCCUGCUCCGCUCCAGCUUGAGUGCGGAGAUCGUACCGCUGCUGCAGGAGUUCAUGUCGCUGGCCGAACAGUAUGAACAGCUGCUGGGACCGGGCGAAUCUGCAGCCCUGGCGCAAGGCAGCUCCGGUGAGGUGCAAACCGAAGUGCUACGCCUGAUCACCAGCCAACAGGUGUUGAGUGGACCCAUCGAGGCGAAUCAAGCUCAGCUAGAUCUGUUGGCUCACCGCUCGCCUGCGCUAGUGCUGGCGUCCGUGAAAGAAUUCCUGGAUGUACCGGACUUCAAUGAAGCACUGGCAUCGGUCUAUCAGGAUGACUUCCAGUCGGCGGUGAACUGGGAGUCUGUACUGCUGCGAGAUAACACGUUCUUCCAAGCUGCGGACUCGCUUGUGACCACUAGAUUUCCGCUGUUUGAUGUAUUAUGCCGUCUUCUUAAUGCGAUCUCACCGGACGAACUUGUGGCGUUCGUGGAGUUUGCAGGGCAGGUCAUACGCUAUGAUGACGAUGUCGACGCAGCGUUCGUCCAUCAUGACAAAGAGCAUUACUUUGUACAGCGAGCUCUGGCCGCACUACCACUCCAGUUCCCAGAUGGUAACUCGCCAUCGUCCAAGGCAACAUCGCCGUCAACUGCUCAGUCUGAAGCUGCCAUGUUGGCCCAUUCCAAGCUGCUGCUGAAAAGUGGUCAACCACUGAGCGGUCUGACUGCAGCGCGGUAUCUCGUAACCCGUCAGCUUUGGUCACAAGUGUUUGAACUGGCACGGGUCUUGGCCGGCAACGAGGAGAAAGGCUCUGCUCAGUCCACUGAACUGUUUCAUAUGAUACUUGUUGCACUGAUUGAGAACAAUCAACUACAUAGAUAUUGGCAGACACUGAUGAAGCUCCGUCCACCCUCUCUAACGUCAGCAUUCCUGUUGACCAUUCUACAGAAAUAUGUACCUGUCGCAGACAAGUCGCAGUUAGACUCAAGCGGCAUGCUCAUCGUGGAUCCUAACGGUCCUCUCACCGUUGAUGUUAUCCGCGGCAUGCUCCUCCAGAUGCUCUAGUAGUAUCGCGAUUUUGACACUUCCGACCGGCGGCUAUGGAUAUGGAUUUGAGAUGGGCUCGCCAGUAAGAGUCACCUAUGCGGUGCUGCGUUGACUUGUACACGCACUAAAGCAUAUCAGUUUUGUUUUUGACACAAUGUUAAGUGCAUGAUUGUUGCACUCUGCGAAUACCUCUUUCCCCGUUCACAAUCAUCACCCCGCUAUCAUGUACUGAGUUGCCCAGGGCUGGACCCAUGGCUGCGAAGACAUUAUCGUCUCUAGUUCUUUAUAUGGCUGUCUUGACUUUAGGAUCCCACGGCCCGUCGUUGAACCUUGAGAAUCAUGUGAAGUAUGCCCCCCCCCCCUCCCUUUCCUACUCAUCCUUGGACUUGGUUAUCCUCUGAGACCGCCACCCAAGCAUGUGCACGUGUGGGUAUACUCAGUGCUUGAGCUGUAUCCUUGUCUCUUGGUUUCGGUGUUGUAUUUAGGAUGUUUGCGUUCGUUCUCAUGAAAUGUGAGAACUUGGAUCUAUUAUAAUUAUUUCUGUUGCUCAACAAAAUAGUCCUGUUUUCUUCCUGCACAUAUACAAAUUUCUUCCAUAAAAUGUCAUGCUCCCUAUCAUGGAACUAGGCUUUACACAGUAAAGAUGAUUGUCCGUUGUUCUGGAUCGAUAGAUGAUUCUUUGCUCUGGAUUUUUUUUAAUUAAAUCGCACUCUUUUUAUCUUAUUCAUUAGUUUAUUUUCAAAAAAGUAGUUUAGGUUCUAUGUUUAUACGGGUUGUCCGGAUAUUUGAUCACUGUUUUGUGGAGUUCGACCGAUUGCGAUGAGCUCCUUACUGAACUUCUCCUGCCCGGCGUGCUUGUGAAUGUUGGCCCAACACUUACCAAAGUAGAGUCACUAUAAAGAUAAUAAUUA